UAACCACUGCAGGGUACCCAUUGUUCUUUCAGCUCAUUAACCUAAUUUCUCUGCGGCGUAUAUACCUAUACCCAUGUGCCCUGCACCUUAUCUAUUAGUAAUCUCGCGUCAACUUGGGGGCACUUACAAUUAGUUAGUUAACUACACGACUUUGUGUGAAAAUCUGAUUACGACGAGACCGCGCCUGGAAUACCCAUGUGUGCUGUGGACAUCGUAUAGCGUACCGCAGGAUCGGCAUUUUUGAUCAUUAUGAAAAUCACGUGAAAAGUGAAUUUUGCCAUUGCGUUCGACGGCCUCUCUUCGGUAACUAUCGUAGCUGGUACCUUCAGCUAUUACACAGCCCAUAUACAUACAUACGUAUAUACCAUUGGCGUUGUUACUCGUCCUGCAGACGGGUUGUCACGAAGGGUGGGGCGUGAAUGCGCGAUGCGCACCACAUGCAGGGGGUGCUGCCGCCGGCAUCGUCGUCGUCGUCAUCCUUUCGGUUCCAUCGUCGUGUCCCCGCGGUAGAUAGUUAGUUGUUCGUCUGCCGGACUCGCGUUCGCACUUUGAAGGCGGAUGAACGAACGAACGAACGGACGGACGAGCGAAGUCCACACCCUCGGCGCAUUGUAUACUUUACGAGUUUCAUGUACUUUAUAAUAUACAUAUAUACAUGGGUGUGACGACAUCGAGUAUAUAAAUUAAUAUAAAAGAGAGACACGAGUUGUUUUCUUAAUAUCAUUCGGUCGACCGGAUGGACUGAUAAAUGGAAUUAAAUGUAUAAAUUCAUCCUUGUACAACUUGCGUUUAAUUUUGCACAAUUUCAGUGGCUUACGAGUUCUGUCGCUUCUGCGGUUGGUGCUUUUUUUUUUCAUUGGUGGAAUAUUUUUGGAGAAGUUUUUAACGAUACGCCUUAUCGUGAAUUAUUCAUCCAUCCAUUCAUUCGUUAAUUUAUUUUUCAUCAUCACCGAACAAUUACAUUCUCCUUGUCAAAGACUUUAUAGGACACGCACUCGCGUAUACGUACGUAUAUACGGCGCGUUAUUGUACGAUUCGAAAUGAUUUUUCUGGAAAUAAUUCUAGUGUGAAUGACAAACGUCCGAGUGGUUUCUCGUAGCCACAAACUUAUACGGUUGAAACUUGUGCGACGUAUGCCCAUGUGUAACGGACUGUAAUCGACGGUUGUUGUAAGGUGAUUGUGUCUAGGAAAGAAAAAAAAACCAUAUUUGUGCAACUGUUGAAAAACUUUGUCCAUUGUGUGUUUGCCGACGAGUCGGAGAUAAUGGAGUGGUUACUAUUGUUACUGCGGAAUACUGCCGCGGUGAGAUGUUGAUCGAUAACAUAAUUGAAACCGUCCAAUAGAAACCUGAAUUCUUUAAUGUGUACAUACCUACGUAUGUGUGCUCGCCAUGUAUGCUAACGGUGCGGUAUGAAUCGGUGCUGAAAACUUUGGGAGAAAGAAAAGUGGAAGACUAGAAAAGGGAUAAAAAGUUUCGGAAAAACGGAAUAAGAUUAACAAGGGGGUGAAACCAAAGUGAGGAGACCACAUCGAGGUCAGCCGUUCGGAUGAAGACGGCUUAGGAUGAUGGUGGAGCGCGUCGAAGGUCACCUCUUCAUGUAUCGACGUCCCGUUUAUCGGGUCUUCCAGUAUCUCGAAACCUCCGACCAUGAGGGGAUGAGCGCUGGAAGUGAUGGGGGCGUCGGCGUCCAAUCUGGUGGUGGAAGUGGACGGGGCACCCCGCCGCACGGCUCGCCUACCCCAAUGGACAAAGCAACGCUUAAGGUCCACCUUCCGAACGGUGGCUUUAACGUCGUGAAAUUUGGAGAUGCGAUCGACGUCAGGGGGAUAAUUUCUCUGGUGACUAGUCGGCUCGCGGUAGGUUCCAGACAAUAUCGUCAUCUCUACGCGAUGAGAUUGCACCAUCCAGGUUCUGGUGAAAGCUAUUGGCUACAUCAGGACACGACGAUGUACCAAGUUCAGGAGAAAUAUGAACGCAAACAUCCCCACAGCGAAUGGAGGUACGAAUUGAGGGUGCGGUAUCUACCGCAGAAUCUCAAUGACCUCUACGAAAAGGACAAGGUCACGUUUUACUACUACUAUGAUCAGGUGCGAAAUGAUUACUUGAGCGCUACUCACGCUACCCUAGAUCAGGAUGUGGCUGUGCAAUUAUGCUGUCUCGAAAUUAGGUACUUCUUUAAAGACAUGCCGCAGAUUGCCCUAGACAAGAAAAGCAACCUGGAAUACCUGGAGAGAGAAGUAGGACUUCACAAGUUUCUUCCACGAACUGUCUUGAAUGGUAUGAAGCCGAAGGCACUCCGGAAACUGAUUCAAACGCAUUUCAAAAAAGUAGCCGCUCUCUCGGAGCUGGAAUGCAUGUUCAAAUUCUUCGACCUUCUACGAUCCUACUACAGAUUUGAUCAGGAGAGAUUUAUAUGCGCGCUUGGGUCGAGUUGGUCUAUACCAGUUGAACUAGUCAUCGGACCCGACUUGGGAAUUUCCUACAUGGCACAUCGAGGUGGAACUGUGCCGACAAGGAUGGCAGAGUUCUCGCAGAUCCAAACGAUUCAAACUUUGGUCUCAGAUUGUAAGGAGCAUGCAAAAGCUUGUAUCAAGCUUAGGGUUGCGGGGGCUGCAGAAACUCUCAGUAUAACUUGCUCGAGCUUGGACCAAGCUGAGAGUCUCGCGGAUCUGAUCGACGGAUACUGUCGGCUUACCACAGGGAGCAAUACGUCUUUGUGGAACAGAAAAGCUGCUUCCUGGAAGAAUUAUCCCUGCCCUUGCAAAGAUGCUCAUCCCCCAAAGUAUCGACACGAUGCGACAGAUAGCCCGGAAAAAAACGCUGGUGGUAAGACGGGGACUAUUCUCUCCGAAGACUACGCAGAGAUCGUCGAUGAGGAGGGGGAUUACUCGACGCCAGCUACUCGGGACUACGAGAUUGUUAGGAACCAAGUGGAGUUGGCAGAGAUCAUAGGAGAAGGACAAUUUGGUAAUGUUCACAAAGGAUCCUACCGGGGUCGCGAUGGCCAGGUGGUCCCUGUGGCGGUGAAAACUUGCAAAGUAGACGCUGACCUUGCGACAGCGGAAAAGUUUCUCGAGGAAGCAUAUACAAUGCAGCAGUUCGAGCAUCCACACAUUAUACGGCUGAUAGGCGUCUGCUCCGAGGCACCAAUAUGGCUAGUGAUGGAACUCGCAAGGCUUGGGGAAAUGCGCGCUUAUCUUCAGUCCAACAAGCACAGACUCGACCUCGCCACUCUACUUCUCUACACAUUUCAGUUAAGCACGGCUCUUUCCUACCUCGAGAGUAAGAAAUUUGUACACAGAGACAUAGCUGCAAGAAACGUCUUGGUAUCGUCAAACAGCUGCGUCAAGUUAGCGGACUUUGGUCUAAGUAGGUGGGUCGAAGAUCAGAGUUACUAUACCGCUAGCAAGUGCAAGUUACCGAUAAAGUGGAUGGCUCCAGAGAGCAUCAACUUCCGUCGAUUUACUACCUCUUCGGACGUAUGGAUGUUCGGUGUUUGCAUGUGGGAAAUCUUGAUGCUGGGCGUCAAGCCAUUCCAAAAUGUACGGAAUAACGAGGUGAUACGGAAAUUGGAAAACGGUGAGCGACUUGCACUCCCAAACCACUGCCCUCCGCGUCUGUAUUCCCUCAUGUCUCAGUGCUGGAGCUACGAGCCCAGCAAACGACCGACGUUUAAAGAUAUACGAGAAAACCUGCAUGAAAUUCUACGAGAAGAGAAGCACCAACAACAAGAGACGAUGAGGCGAGAGAAUAGAAGAGUACAAGCUAUGUCUUGGGGUGCUGACGAGGCUCCGCCACCGAAACCAUCACGGCAGCCUCAGAAUCCAAGUGAAUCUGGUCCUGGCAUGAGCUCAAUCGCUCCCGUCUCUACGUACAUCGUUGCCCAGAGUCCAGAGGUCCUCGCGCAGCUUCUGAAGGAUAACCAAUCUCGGGGGGUAUGUCCCUCCGUCUACACGACCCCCGCAUCCCCAUUCAAUACCCUCGCUGUUCAAUUCCAAGAUGAGGAUCAAGCUCUGACAACUACAAUCGCUACUGACCUGCCCUUUGCUCUCGACCAACAUGCCUCCUCUGAAACGCCACUCCCUUCUUAUAACGAGAACCAUUCCCUCGAUACAACGACCCUUGAAGACGUUGACUCUCUCGAUAGUAGCAUAGAUACGAUUUCCCCACUAUUAUCUAGCUUAACAAUGUCGGAGUCUGGUAUGGUUACGCAGACCCAAUCUCCAUCUGCGGGUAGAAAGCAUCAGGUCAAGGAUACCCAAAAUUUAUAUUCCGUUAGUUCGAAAUUAGUUGGCAGUAUUACUGGUGACCUGUAUUCCCCUGUGCAAAAACUCGUCUCCUCAAAUCCAAUCCCGAUAUCUUCGUCUUCAUCUUCUUCAUCACCAGCUCCUGGUGCCUGCGGCGAGAUUUACGGACCGGUUGUUAACUUUACGCAGAGCUCCGCGAUUGUGGGAAACCUUAGUCAAAGUCCAAGUGUCGGUAGUAACUUCAGUGACGGCACCGGCAAUCACGGAAGUGCGACUACCGAACAGAUAUCGUACGGCCAAAAUUGUAGCACGCCUCCACCCCAAACCUCAGCGAAUCAAUUCGGUAAUUCCUGCGGUGGUCAAUCUUUUCCCAGUGGUCAGAAUGUGAGUGGUGGUAGUAGUGUUGGUGGUGGUAUUUGCUACCCUCGUAAUGCCAUAUCGUCGAGUACAGCCGUUCCCAUUUCGAACGCGGAGUGCCUUUAUGGGCCAGUAAUGAAAUUCCGUGCUAGAGCUGCAGUACAGAGCCAAUGUGUGAGCCCUAAGUCAUCAACACCUCCUAGCGUUUCGCAUAUGCAAAAUGCAAAUGCAAGGAGUAAUAUAAUGUAUAGUCCUACUCCAGGGCAUAACUUUCAGCCACAAUCGUUUUACCCUCAGAAUCAUCAACAAGAUCAGCAACAAUUAUACUCGAAUAUUGCGCAGACGAGACCACCUAUUUAUGUAGUCCGAGGUCAGAGUCAGGGUCAGUCUGCCCAGAACUUUCAAAGACAAAAUUCCCAGGGUCAGUAUAUCGUUUACUCCCAAAAUCACCAGUUUGAUCAACAAAGUCAAAUGAACGGUCCGAAUCCUAUUUAUACCGCUCACGCGACUCCCACAAAUGUCGCGCAAGCACAAUGCUUCGGGCAAGCAUAUUCUGUACACAGUCAACCAAAUCAACAUGCAACCCCUUCGCGCCCUGUUCAAUCAUAUCCAAAUAUAGGCGAUAAUAAUUCCGGUAGUCAACCACAAAUGGCAUCAGUCACUAUCAAAGGCCAGGUAGCGCAGGGACAAUUUUCUACCUCUAAUCCUGUAUCGUCGCACACAAGUCAACAUACCCAAGUUGCAACAGGGGUGAACGUCUCUCAUCAACAUACUGCAGUACAGCCCCAAUUAGCGACUGCAGUACCGAGAUCGAAUGCUCCCCCCUCAUUGGCGAUCGGAAUAGCAAAGAUAACGACGUUUACACCUAAUAAAAAUGAUGAACAGUUGACCCGUUCAACGGACAGUACUUUGUCUAGUUCCUUGGUGUCGUCAGCCGUUAGCGACAGCACAGUUUCCUCUACCAGUCCGGCGACGGAGGAAAGCCAACAAGAUCAGCGAAAUGCACAAUCUCAGAUCUGUGAGAGUACUAAUGAUAUAUUCAGUCACAGCGUGGACGAUGAACAGAAAUUACUUGAGCAACGGUUGUUAGAACAGCAACGCCAGUCUGAAGAAGAUAGCCGUUGGCUUGCCAGGGAGGAGAAACGACUUUCAAUCGCUACAAGCGGUGAUGAAAGUGGAAGUCCUUUAGCACCUCGAUCGGUCACCCAGUCACCCAGCAAUGAAGCCACUCCGAUCAAUACAGGUUCCCUUGGUUCAGACAAGGGUUCCGAUAAAGUUAUCAUUGUCAAGAAAAUGGAACCAACACCUACUGCUGACCUUGAUAGGACCAAUGACAAGGUGUAUGACUGUACAACGAGUGUCGUUAGAGCUGUUAUGUCUCUUUCCCAAGGAGUGCAGCAAAGUAAAGCUGAACAGUACCUGGAGUUAGUGAGAAAGGUGGGUGUCGAACUGCGAGCUUUGCUAACAUCUGUGGAUUCGCUAAUUGAAAUUCUACCUGCAUCUGCUCAUCGUGAAGUGGAAAUGGCGCACAAAGUUCUCAGCAAGGAUAUGGCGGAACUUGUUUCUGCUAUGAAAUUAGCCCAAAGUUACAGUGCCACCACAUUAGAUGCAGAAUAUAGAAAAGGAAUGUUAUCAGCAGCACAUAUACUGGCAAUGGAUGCUAAGAACCUCUUGGAUGUCAUCGAUUCUAUACGAAUUCGCUACCCUUACGUGGAUAACCAGAUUUGUCAGAAAACUGAAACAAGUAUUACACCUGAACCAUCAAUAGAAAACAAAUUUCAUUCCAGCCAAUCUGGAGAGUUAUUAAGGAGAAGUCAAUCAAGCGAAAGGCAUGGAUCAAUGUUUAGGCAAAGCCAAAGCGGAGACCUAUUGCACAGAAUGGGCCAAUCAGUUGAAAGAACAUUUCAGGAUGGUCAAUCUGAUGUUAGCUGCAUGUCUACUUUAGAGCGAAGGGAUCAAAUGGUCACAAAUAGUUUGGAACGAAAUUCGACGGCAAGAAGACAAAUGGCAACCAAUAGCUUAGAAAGAAAAAGGCCGUCUCUGUCAUGUAAUAAGGGUCCCUCCAGUAACCCAGCAAAUCGUCCCCCACCAGUUCCCGUCUCCUGUAACAUUGUACAGUCAAUUACUCCUGUAAUACAUCCAGGUCAUGUGGGUACAACUAACAUCGCCAGCCAAAAUUCUUCCGUCUUUACAGCUAAAAGUAAAACAGCCAAUGAAACGCCACCAAAUGAUAGCUAACAACACAACUCAGAUCGAAGCGGGCAUCAACCAAUUCUCUUGAAGGCUGUAAAGUUAUGCAACAUAGAGAUACAAGAAAUAUGAUUCAAUUUCUUGCGAUAAAUAACGUAGCAAACAGAUUUUACGUGUAGGUGGUCGAAUGGCGAUAACUUCUCAGUUUAUGUCCCUUGGAUAGCAUUUACGGAUGUGAUUAGUAGUUCUGCUUUUUAGCUCUUUUACACUUUUCAAUACAAGAUUUUUGUCCCAGCGUACUUAUAGACAGGACAGUAUUUAUUAGUUGUAGAUUAAGAAGAUUUGUCAACAGACGAAUUUAAUCAUAGCUGUGUACUGAUAUCAAACUUGCAACUCCAAAGUUUUGAAAUUAUCGUGAAUAUUUGUUCUUAUAAUAUCACGUACAGGUUAGUCGUCAAUGACUGUGACAAUUCAUUUCACUAUGUUUCUACUAUUGCUGAUUUUUAGACAUUCCAAACAGAGGUAGCCAGACUGGAAAUUAUCCAAUUAUGUAUCAAAUUAUUGUUUACUGUUGGCUCUGAUCGAUAUGACUAAAAAUCACAAUACAUAUGGUGCAGCUCUUCUCAAUAAGCGAAAUCAUGUUAUUUUUUUAUUUUUUUUUUUUUUGUGCAUAGGCUUGUUUGGGAAUUUGAAAAAAUCCAGAAACAUUAGUCCAGAUGCAUGUGACUAUCUUUAGGGUUUUAUGUGAAAGCAUAUUAUGAUCAAUAAAAUCAGCAAACAAACAUGGCUCAAUGAGACGCAUAGUAAAAUUAGCUCUUUGUAGCUAUCCCAGGUUUGUAUACCUAGAAAUAUUAUAAUGCACAAGCAAAAGUCGCCAGUUGAUUCUAGCCAGACUAUAGGUAGGUCUAUUGUACUUUAGGUAUGCAUAGGAAAAUUAAGGAUAUUCAUACAGAUUAAAAAAAGUCAGUCAUCUUGGCUGCACAUGAAAACUCAGUCUCAUAAAUUUUACAAUUUUACAUUUUUUUUUUAAGUCAGUUUUCUACAAAACUUCUCCAUAUAAAGAGAUUGAUGAUAAAUUGUAAGUAGAAUUGAAUGUUGAUUAGAUGAAUAUUUUGCAUUUCGGAACAAAGUUUGUACGAGAUAAGCCUGAUUUUCAAAAUAUUUCCCAGUAGAAGCGUAUUUUUACAAAAACUUGUGUUUCUUUUCCUGUUCGAAUUAACAUGGAAAUUCCUCAUUACCUGAAUUGCACAAUUCUGUUAUCAUAUAAUCAAAAGGUUUGCUAUUGCUAAAUUUUGCCUCGAUAACAGUAUUGAGGAAAACUGGCAAAAGCGAGUAGAUUAUUAUUAUAAUAUGCAACUUUAUAUGAUUGUUAACUUGAUAAUCAAGUGCCAAACAGAAUAUGCAUUCGUGUUGCAAGGCUUUCAAAUUUUUAUGCUUGCAUAUUUUUCAGUUGUACAUGAAUCUUUAAUAAGUCGUACGCUGAUAAUAUGUAGAAAUACAAAAAUCCCAAUCUCUGUCAAAGCAACGUGGAGAAAAAAAAAGUAAAUUUCUAAAAAUACUCUCAUUGAUUUUAAGCUGGAGGAAAGAGUUGUUUAAAUGCUAAGAAGGAAUUGAACCAAGGCUACCCAAUCUUAGAGUCUUUUAACUACCUAUUAAAAAUCUUGUAAACUAGAUUAUCUUCAGGCAUUGAUCCAUAAUUCGUCGAGCUUUUCAUUUAAGCUUCUCGUGUAUGCACCAAUUAGGUUUAUCGAUGUGUCGUGAAUAAGAAAGCAGUAAAGAGCGAUUAAACUUUAUGUUCUUUCAAUACUACGCAUAACGCAAAAAAAUUAUUAUUCUUAUUGCGAUCCGUUCUUUUCUUAUUGAACGUAAUUGACAGUCAAAGCUGAAUACUAGACAAACGUAUCGUGCAUUUAGUAGAUUAUAUUUUCUGACUGUAAGGUGUAUUCGAACGACAAUUAGAAUUCAUUUGUACUGAUGAAGUGAAUAGUACAUAGCUAUUAUUACUGCAAUAUUUAUAAUUAUUACAAUUAUUAAAGUUACUUAGAGAAUGAAUGAUCAUUAUUACAUAUGUUUCUUGUAAAAAUCGAAAGGUCUAAGCUGAUGUUAGUGUUCAAAAAUGGUACAAUUGUAGUACAUAGUAUAAAAAUUGUAAGGGUACCAAAUUGAAACGAGAAACUGACAUCAUUUGUUGUUCUAUUAUAUAACACAUAACACUGCAUCAAGGUACGAUAACGAAGUAAUCACAUGAUUAGUUGCAUUGUAUAUAUAAAAAAAAAAGAUUAAUUAAAAUUCGUGGGAAGCGAUUGUAGCUCGAUGCAGUGUGGAUGAAAAUAAUGUAAUAUCCCUGAGAGUAUGAAAACUCGUGUCCAUAAGCUCACAAUUUUUUCGAGUUCAAAUGUAUAUUUUUCAUCAUAUAUAAAAAGACAUUUUACUUA